AUGCCUUAUAUAAUCUUAUGUACGAUCUCGCUGAUAGGCACUAUAAUUGGAGGAAUACUUUAUAUGUUAGAGGGCGCAAUACCUUAUGGGUUCGUGUGGGUACCUUGGGAAUGUACUUCGUUCCUUUUAUUCUGUUUUACGUCUCUUCAAGAGAUCGCAGCUGUGACUAUUGGCAUUAUUGUAAACAUUGCAACAGAAACUACGGUUUUAGGAUUUUGCUUGCAUAUAUGUGCAAGAUUCGAAAUUCUAAAUCAUCGCCUUCAGAGAAUGAUAAAAGGUGAGAAGGAAGGCAUGCGGAAAAAUUCAGUAAACAAUAUAAGCAGAUUAUCAAAAUACGUUUCCUUUCAUCUUUGUAUAAUCAGACUUGCUGAAAUGAUCAAUGAUGUGUUCAGUCCAGUUAUCUUCAUUCAAUUUUGCAUCAGUAUUUUGAUUUAUGUUUAUUGCUGGGCUGGCAACGAAGUUACACUUAAGGGUGUUGAAUUAGGUGAUGAGAUAUAUCAUAUGGAUUGGAUAUUAAUGACAAAAAACGAACAACUGGAUUUACUAAUGAUUAUGAAGCGCAGCACAAAACCCAUCAAAUUCACUAGCAGUUUUUUAGUAACACUGUCUUUGGAAUCUUAUAGCAAUCUUCUGAAAGCGACUUUCUCUGCAUUUAAUCUUUUGCAACAAUUGUAA